AAGAAGAGAAACUCCUCCCGUCUUCAAAUUAUGAGCAGUAAGUCAAGUUUUUUUUUUUAAACGGUAAUAUGUUGUUGUGAACGCAGCACUAAGUCGGCAGAAAUCAGCAGCAGCAGAGUGACAUGGCCGCUGUGGAGAGCGGUGGAGGCUUCAGUCAAAAGAGAAACACAAAUUCACAAGACUCGCAGCAGCCCUCUCCUCUCGCCUUGUUGGCAGCCACUUGUAGUCGAAUCGACACCCCAGGGGAGAACGAUUCACCUACUGACCCACAACCAAGUGAGCAGCAACACCUAAACCUGAACCAAGGUGUUUUCACCUCUAGUGCCAACAGCUGGCAAGUUGUCCCUGACAACAUUCAAACGAGCUCGGGUACCAACGCUGUGUCUAGUGACUCUUCAGGAGUGAUGGCAGGUGGAGACACAGGAAAGAGCAAACAGGUUCUGUCACCAUCAACAGCUUCUGCAGGUAUUCAGGGACAUCAGCCGCCACAGUAUGUCGUGGCUCAGGCUCCAACUCUGCAAGGUCAGCAGGUACUAACCACCCUGUCAGGUAUGGUGCCUAAUAUUCAGUACCAGGUUAUUCCCCAGUUCCAAACAGUAGAUGGCCAACUGCAGUUCUCUCAGGCUCAACAGGAUUCUGCUGCAUCUCCAGCUGUAGCACCGGGGCAGUUUCAGAUAGUGUCGUCUCCGAAUGCCCAGCAAAUAAUGGCCACAGCAAACAGAGCGGGAGGGGCAGGAAACAUCAUAACCAUGCCCAGUCUCAUUCAGGGAGCCAUUCCCAUACAGAAUAUCAGUAUAGGCAGUGGCAUGCUACCAACUCAGUCACAGUUCUUGGCAAAUAUGCCAGUGUCUCUCAAUGGAAACAUAACUUUGUUGCCCAUCAGUACUGGAACAAGUGGUACAGGUGGAGAUGGAAAUGGCGCAGCAGAUAUUGGUAGAAACCAGCAGCUUGUGCAGCAGCAGCAGGGUGUGUCUUCCACCAGUGGAUCUGGUUACAUGUCCAGUACAACCACUGUCACCACACAAACAUCUUCUUAUGGAAUAACCCAAACGCAGAACAGCAACGGAGCAGUGACCGGCACGUUUCAGCAGAACAAUGGUUCUUCUGGUGGUGUCCAGGCGCAGCCAGACAGCAGAGAGGGACAGCAGCUGCAGCAGAUCCUUAUUCAGCCGCAACAGCUCACCCAGAGCGGAACACAUCUACAGAACAUCCAAGCUGGUGCUGGAGGUCAGGUUUUUGCUGCUCCAACACUUAGCCAGGAAGCCCUCCAGAAUCUUCAAAUUAUGCCAAACACAAGCCCAAUUUUCCUGCGUACUCUUGGCCUCAACGGUGAAGUCAGCUGGCAGGCCAUUCAGAUCCAGGGUUCAGCAGGAGCACCGAUCACUCUGGCCCCCGUGCAGACCCUCCCUCAGCUGGGCCAGGCUCAGGGUGCUGCUGCCGCUGGAGGAGUAUCUGUCAAUGCAGUACAGAUGCCAGGAAUCCAGACCAUUAACCUCAACACACUAGGUACCUCAGGACUGCAAAUGCACCAGCUGCAGGGUGUACCCAUCACCAUCACCAUUACUGCAGGAGAGCAGGGGUUACAGAUGGGAGGUGACAGUUUGGAUGACAGCACAGCCAUGGAUGAUGAGGACAUAAGCCCACCACCCCAAGGACGACGUAACCGGAGGGAAGCCUGUACCUGCCCCUUCUGCAAGGAUGGAGAAGGACGUAGUGACCCAAGUAAGAAGAAGCAGCAUAUUUGCCACAUCCUUGGGUGUGGAAAGAUUUACGGCAAGACAUCCCACUUAAGGGCCCACCUCCGCUGGCACACGGGAGAGCGUCCUUUUGUCUGCAGCUGGUCUUUCUGUGGCAAGAGAUUCACUCGUUCAGAUGAACUCCAGCGACAUAAGAGGACACACACAGGUGAAAAGAAGUUCCUCUGCCCAGAAUGUCCGAAACGUUUUAUGCGCAGUGACCACCUCUCCAAACACAUCAAGACCCACACGAACAAGAAAGUGACAGUUCCAGCUACGCCAGUUACAGCUGACACAUCUUCCCCUGCGGCUGGAACGGAAACUGGAUCAGUCGGUGCCAAUGACCAGCACACUAUUGUCUCCAUGGAAACCUUAUCGCCAGAGAGCAUAGCGCGAUUAGCCAGCAGUGGGAUCAGCAUGGUGCAGGUGGACCUUCACCAGAUUAAUGGCAACAGCUACUAAGGCCGGUUGAGGAGUGUGAAGACUGUCGGUAGAUGUUUGAUUGGGAUGUUUAGGGUUAAAUGGGCUGACUUUACGCCUUAGGCUUCAAACAGGAUGGGUGCUCAUGAAUGCAACAGAACACUACUAAAUAUUAAAGAAACAUGGGUUUUCUUUUUGCAUUUAAGUAGCAUAAAACGUUCAAGUGGAGGAGUUAAAAGUUUGAAUUGUGUAACAAUUACACUGCAGCCAUGAUGUCCUGUGGGACCCAGUUUGACUUGUUGACAGGAUUGCAAUAGUCAUUUGGUGUUCCGAACAGCUGGGAAGUUAAGUCCAGUUGCAAGUUUUUUUUGUUUGUUUGUUUUUAAGUGAAGUCUGUUCGACAAUUGUAAUAUUAUGAUUUGCCCUUUAAUCACAUCAGGUGCUUUCUGUCCUCUCUGAUACAUUCCUCUAUAUUUGGGUGCCUAGAUUUGGCAAAAAGUGUGGGGUUUUCAUAGAACUGAUAUUCACAAACUAUCUUCAUAUAGAGACUAAUGUCAAGUGUUUUGAGGGCUGGAAUUAUUUGGUUAAAACCAGUUCAGAGCCAGAAACACUAACAAGCGAGUGUAUAGGUGUGUAAGGACACCAAAAUCCUGCAAAUAACCAUGUAACCUGUAGGUACACACAUGUAAGCCAUCUUGUUUUGACUUAUCAAAGCAAAGGUUCUUUGGUGUAUAUAUUGUAAAGGCUAAAAGAACUCUUAGCGUAGGUUUGGUGAUAUUUGGGAUUAUGCAAGGGUUUGUUAUAUAAAGCCCUCAUGCAAGGAAAUAAAUGGUAUGUAGAUUUAAUUAUGUAUACAUGAACCUUUGUCAUAGAAUGUAUUUUAAUAUAGUACAAAUAUCUGGUAUAUUUAACCUGAAUUUGCAAUCCGGUUUUGCCCCCUGUGCUCCCCUUUCAGUUAAGUGUCAUUGGGUUUAUAAUUACAGCCACACAACAAAAUGUCAGCUCAAACCAAAGGUUCAUCCUGCACCCUAGUGAGAUAAAACCCUUUCUGGUCCACAAAAUGUUUUUGUGAUACAAAGUUAUAACUGGAAGAGCUCCAGCAAUAUACAAAACUCAGGUGCUUAUCUUUAAAGAUGUCAAAUUGUAUUAAGGUUUAAAGGCAUGGGCUUUUUCUUUUCUUUUCUUCUUUGAGUGUUAAUUGUUCACACUUGAUUUGAUACACAAUUGUAACAUACUAGUAUGAGAUGGUUAACAGAUUAAGUUAAUUGGACAAGUGCUCUUACAUUUUUGACCCAUCGUAAAUAAGGGAUUUUGUAUUGUGUGUAUAAUACUACUGCAAAUACCAACAGUCUCAUUAAAAUUUUAAAUACA